CGCGGCGCUCUCAAAUUUUCUUUACUAGUGAAAAGAUUUUUUAAAAGUACACCGCUCCGAGCUUUAUUACUCGCUUUUUCAAGAACUUAGUUUAAAAAGCAAAGUACAAAGUUUAAGUGUGUUUUAUUCUGUGACUAAACUUAAUUCAAAAAUUAAGCGAAAAUGUCCACCUGUGUGAAUCCUGCUGCACACGGUUCUCCGUUAAGUUCUAAGGUCGCAUUGUUCAACGCGGUUGCCAACAAACACAUUGAAAGCCAAGCAGUCAAUCCAUUUUCGAACGACUACAAGGUUGGAGGCUUACCUAAACCAAAAAUUUCAAAAGAAGACUAUGGGCGACCUGCCAGGGGAUCCCUUUCAGAAGCUAGAGGAUUCAAAGCGACGCAGCAAGUAUGCAAAGAAAUGUUGGAACUUUGUGAAAUCAUAAACAAACAAGGAGAACGUCUAUUUUCAGAAAAAGAGAAACCCGGGGAUCCACGGGUGGUAAUCAGUUUUGGUGAGCUCUUCUCGAUUUAUACUGUGAUCUCUAAUAAACUCGUAGGCGUUUUACUUCGAGCAAGAAAACACAAAAUUGUUGAUUUUGAAGGAGAAUGUUUGUUUCAGAGAAGAGACGAUGAUGUACCUGUGAUUCUGAUAAAACCGAUUCAAGAAAUCCGAGAAAUGUUUCGGGAUAAAGUAGAAUCGAGCCCAGAAAAGUCGAGUGAAGAAGACAGCCACAGCGAUGAUAGUAAUUAAAUACGCAAGACUAUAAAGUUUAUAUUUUUAAAGGACCAGACAAAAAACUUUCCACCACCUUAAAAAUAAUAAUCAUUUAUUAAAAAAAAUAGAAUUGGGCGUUUGACACAUUGUUUUUGUAAUGUACUUUAAAACAACGGUAUUUCUAUGCAGUAGUUAGUCGUUAGAACUGAUAAUAAAAAACGAUUAUUUCUGAAAUCUGUAUAUAAAUUUUUCUACACCAAAACAAUAAAAAUAUUUUCGUAGGUACAAAA